UUCCAAUUUUUUUUUUUUUUUUUAGAUUCCAUCGGAAAAGGGCAACAGUCUGCCAUGUUAAAUCGUUUAUUAGGGAAGGGCAGCUAUGAAUCUUUUGAUAUGAGAUGCAUGGUAACUGGCCAAUUUUCUGUUGGGAAGUCGACUCUUGUUAAGCUGUUAGCUGGAGAAAUUAUACCUGAUGGUCGACACCCGACAGAUGGGAUUUCUCUGGUAGAAGGUCGCUGUGGCCUAGAUAUUCUUACAAAAGAGUGGAUUCUUGUUGAUCCAGACUCUUUUAAUGCCCUGGAUGUUGUGUACAGUAAGGUUUUAAUGACCUCUUUGGAAGAAGAGGAUGAGAGUGAACUAACCAAAAAGUUCAUCAAAGCUUCAGAUACAAGCCCAACUGGUUAUGCCAAAGCUACACUUUCCUCUUUGCCCUCAGAACAGUCUGCAGCAGCACAAUCUCUAAACGUGCCCCACACGGUAAAACAGACGGAAAAGAAAAUGAGAACAAGAAUGACAAAAGAAGAAAUAAGAAAGAAAAUGGAAAAGUUCCUCAAAAGUGGAAAGUAUAAGAUGAAAGUUGGACGUCUUAUCUUCUGGGAUUUUGGUGGACAAUAUGUUUAUUUAACAACACAUCAGACCUUCAUGACGUUCCGGGCAUUGUUUCUUGUAGUAUUUGAUGGGAGCAAAGAUUUGCAUGAACAGGUCCCUGAUGUGAUGUGUUUUCCAGGGCAGCACAUGACGCCAACGCCAGCAGUAUUCUUGCAAUAUUGGGUCAAUUCCAUCCUGACCUAUUGUAAGGUUGUAUAUGCAGGCAUUCCAAAAAUCUUGUUUGUUGCCACUCACAAGGACAAAGUACCAAUGGAGAAUAUUGAGACCAGACGUGAAGAGCUUUACAGAGGAAUUGAGGAGUUGUUUAAAGACCACGAGGGAAAACAUCAUCUGGUCCUUAGACCUCUAAUAUUUGUCAAUGCCAAAGAUCAAGCCGACCCAGAAAUAGAAGUUCUGAAGAAAACAAUAACAGAACUUACAUUCGACCACCCAUGCUGGGGUGAAAGAAUGCCCAAUGCUUGUGUUCCACUAGAGCUAGAGAUCGCUGAACUAGUGGCAGAAGGAAAACAAAUAAUGUCAUUGGCUGAAGUUAAAGAAUUAAAUGCUAUCAGCGAGGUGUCUGUCCUGUCCCCUGGGCAGUUGACUGAUUUCCUACAUUUUCAUCAUUCCCUGGGGAAGAUUGUUUAUUUCGAUACCCCCCAGCUGAGAGAUAAUGUAAUCAUCAACCCUCUUCUUAUGGUGGAAGUUAUGAGAUCUUUUAUCACAGAUGUUGCAUUUUGGCCCAAAGAAAAUAAAACAAGGAAAACCUUCAAAAAAAUGUCUGAAACUGGAAUGAUACAAAAAGCAGACCUCUACCAGAUUUGGGAACAAGAAGAAUUCCGUCAGAUUUUACCAUUUAAAGAGUACAUAUUUGAUAUGCUGAUACAUCUAGAUAUUGUAUCCGAACAACGGAGAUAUGAUACAAAAACAGGGAGUCGUCUACCAAUAGAAAACUUCUUUGUACCCUGUAUGCUUACACAAAGAAAUAAUACAGAUUACUUGACAAAAGAAUGUACACCAGAGAGGACUGUUAGUUUGGCCUUUGUUUUCAAAGGAACCAUCAUACCUCCAGCCUUACCAGACCGUCUAAUAUGUGCAUGUCUGAGUAUGUGGACAAUAAAAGAAUACCAAGGACAGAAACUUAUGUUUUCUGGUAUUGUUGGGUUAUCAUUUGAUAAAGAGCAUGAUAUUGUUGUCUGUGUAGAAGGACAUAAGAUCUUACUGUACCUAGUCCACAAGCGCUCCAAGGGCCUGAUAAUACCUGAUAUAGCCACCAGUGUCCGGGAUUGUUUGUUUGUUACUUUAGAAAGAAUCUCCGAAUUUUAUCAGUCCUCCAUUGAUUGUAAAGCCAGCAGCAAGUUACCUUUCCUCACCGAGUACUCCUGCUCGACAUUAAACUGUUUCACUUCAGAAAACAAGUUGGUCUCCGAGACUGAGGAAUGUCUUUGUAAACACGGAGAAAACAUUAAAAAUAACUGGCGUAUUUGGAAUAAGAAAAAGGAACACAAGCAGUGUGAUGCUAAUUGUCCAGGUAAAUGUAUCAUUAAUCUCUCUGCACUUCCAUAUUAUUGA